GCAUUAAUUAUUUAAUGCCUCGGAAACUCUUCCCUAGAUUCCGCUUAUGAGUGAAGGUAAAAUUGCGGGUUGCACACUUCCACUUGCACCCCACCAUGCAUUAGUCGGAUUUGCGACUGAGAAAGUUCACCAAUACAUAUUUAUUUACCCCUAAAGAAAAGGAUCAUCAAUUCCCAUGCAAAUAGUUAUUCUAUUGCUUAUGUCUUUUUUUAAAGAUGCUGGCUGGUUCGAGUUUAACCACGUAACUUUUUGUUAGUAGUUUAGUAUUAUAAUAUCUGAUGGAUCUGGACUUCAUCUCAAUCUCUGCAACUCUCAAAAUUCCAUGUUUUUAAGGUACUAUUCUCUGCAGAUUUACGUUCCCUUCUGCAAAACCCAUCUGGCAAUUGUCCCGUUGAGCUGUUGCAUUAUGAGGCCUUAAUGCUUUUCCUACUCUUAAGUUCAACAACCCAAAACCAUAUUAUAUGGAUAGAUUUCAGAUGGGUCCUUGCUACAGUGAAGGAAGUUACGGAUAUGUUGGGAGUUCCUGCAGGGUAUAAUGGUUUUUGUUUGAUGCUAUCCACUGGCCAUUGUGUUUUAAUUGUUAGCAAAUUUACCCCAUGUUUCCCGUCGGGUGGGUUGGAAAAAAAAAAAAUUACUUUAGGCAUCUCGUGUAUUCAUUCAUAGGCGAUAGAAAUUCUACUUCAUUUUUGUGGUUAGCUGACCAGGCCAGCCAUAUCUUCUCAGUUUCUUACAUUUGUAGAAGCUAGAGUUUGAGGGAGUUAAUCCAAGACUUAUUUCAGAUGCCCAGGUUUUCGUACAACAUUAGAGAUCAAAGGAGGUUGAACACUACGAUUUAAAAAUCGGACCUGAAUCAUUUUGAUUUGCCUCUAGCAUCUGUUCUGCUCAAUUGCAGGUUGCAAGGCUUUUAACUUCCAUUCACAAUGACUUGAAUGGAGUUUGGUCUGAUUUGUGGUCAUCUUUAACUGAUCUUGUGGGGGAGACAUCUUUGUUGAGUUUGAAAAUGAGAUCUGUAGAGGAUAAGGGGUGUUACAACCAUGGGUCAACGGCUGAGAUUUCAACUAGCAGUGCCACUAGUUUUGAGUUUCACAAAGGUAAUGGAGCUAAUACCCGCAAUCAUAGGACCGCCUUGGGUAAACCGACACCCUCAAAAUGGGACGAUGCACAAAAAUGGCUGGUUGGAUUGUCAAGAGUGGGAGAAAAAAGCCAGUCGAAAACCAAGCCACGGAAUUCAAAUGCCGAUGACCUGAGACUAAUAGCUCCUGUUCCACAAAAGGAGCAGGAUUACUCCAGCGGUGAGGAGGACGAAGGUGAAGAAGAUCAAAAUGGAUGUGCUGUUUCUGCAAUGACAGAUCAAUAUGGAGUGGAAACAAAGAAGGUGGACGAGUCAGUUUGGCGUAGCGGUAAGCCUUCAGAGAGUUCAACACCGGCUGUGCGAUCAAUAUGUGUGAGGGACAUGGGAACUGAGAUGACCCCAGCUGUAAGCCUUGAGCCUUCAAGAACAGCCACCCCGAUUAGAGCCACAACUCCUGCAACAAGGAGCCCUGUAGCUUCGGGAUCCUCCACCCCAGUCAGGUGUCAAAAUGGAAAGCAAAACGAGGGGUAUCAGACUGAUGGCAGAGGAGAAACCAUUCCUAUUGGCAGGGGGAGUGGCGCGAGCAGACAGUGCGGAGGGGACUCAAAUGAUUGCAAGAGGCCUGAGAACAAGAAUUCAGAUCAAGGUAGAGCGACGAGUCCUUUAGAAAGCAGAGCAAUGGCUUGGGAUGAGGCAGAACGUGCCAAAUACAUGGCAAGGUAUAAGCGUGAAGAGGUGAAGAUACAAGCCUGGGAAAAUCAUGAGAAGAGGAAGGCUGAGAUGGCAAUGAGGAAAAUGGAGGUGAAAGCUGAGAGAUUGAAAGCAAGGGCACAAGAGAGAUUGACAAACAAACUUGCUGCAACUAGAAGAAUAGCUGAAGAAAAGCGCGCAAAUGCGGAGGCCGAACUGAAUGAGAAAGCAGCAAAGACUUCUGAGACAGCAGAUUAUAUAAGAAGGACGGGUCACUUGCCCUAUACAUUCUCAUUCAAGUUGCCUUCUCUUUGCUGGUAGCAACUCUUCAUUACAUUUACAUGUAACUUUUGCCAGUUAUUUGAAUUAUAUGUAAACAUGUUGAUUCAUUGCGGAGCUUUUGCAUAUGCUACUUAUGUUCCAAAAAAAUGCUUUCACAUGUGGUUCCUUAAAUAAAUUUUGGACACCCUUUUCUGGGGAAGUCUUCUUUCUUCUUUUGCCUUGUACAUUGAGAGGGGAAAGCACAAGACCAUUCAAAGUCGUAUAUUGGCCAUUUGCUGUUA